AUCCUGGACUACCUGGAGGCUGCUGCUGUGGCUGCUGGGCGGGGGCGGCUGCUGCUGCACUGGGGCCGCGGGAGGCCCCUCUUAGAAACUGGAGAUCGCCUUUUUCUUGACUCUUUGUGUCUGCGAUUGGCCUUCCCGCGGGGGAGUCCGCAGGGGGAGCGGCUGUUCACGGGGCAGCAGCAGCAGCUGCUCGAGCUGCUGCCCGAGCUGCGCUGCUUCCGCGACAUUUGCUGCUACGCCAAGGCCCUCACCAGCGACUCUGCUGCUGACCGUCUGCCCCCCCUGCGCCGCUGGCUCUCUUCAGAUGCUGCGCUGCAGUGGGGCGUGGAAGAGGACAAGAGCGGGGUGCUGCACCUCAGCGUCUCGGCCUUCGGCGUGCAGCUGGAUGUGUCUCCCCCGAGCAGCAGCAGCAGCAGCAGCAGCAAAGAGACAAAAAAGAAGCACCGAGGAGCGCUGCAGCGGCUCUUCUCGGAUUGGUUUUCUGGGGCGGAGAGCCGGCGCGGCCGCUUCUCGCUGGCAGACCCGAGCAACCUGCUUCAGGGUUUGCUGCCAGCAGCAGCAGCAGCUGCUGCUGCUGCUGCGUCUUCCAACGAAGUGUCUCUCUCCGAAGACGACGUGCUGCACCUCAAGUGUCUGCCUUCCUUCGGGGGCCGCCUGCCAGCAGCAGACGCAGAGCUGCUGCUGCAGUUCCUCACAGCUCCUUACUUGAGAAUUCCUUUGCUGCUGCAGUUCUUUGGGGAGGGCUCGAGGGUGGAGACUUUGUGCUGCCCUGUGCUGCAGCAAGUGCUUGCUGCUGCUCUGUUUGAGCCGUGGCACUUCCAGCGGGCGCCUGCGGUGGCCGCAGCAGCA